AUGUUGUUGAAUGAGUGUUUAUUAGCUAGUGAACCGGAUGACGUUGAAUUUGUGGAUGGAGAUGUGGAUUGGAUUGAAGAUGAGAAUCAGUCUGUGAACAACUCGGAUGAUGAAUCGAUUAACGAAGCUGAAGUGGUGGACAGUAGUAUGGAUGUUGUACAGUAUUUUUCACCUUCUCAAGAUGGUACAUUCAAAUUGCUCUCAGGCCAUAAAGAAAGCGUCUUCUGUUUAGAUUUUGAUAGUACUGGUAAAUUUCUUGCAUCCGGUGGACAAGAUCAUAUUGCUAUAAUAUGGAAUGCAACAACUGGUGAAAUUGAAUUCAUUUGUCAAGGUCAUGAUGAUUCUGUGAAUUGUGUUAGUUUCAGUCCAAAUGGUGAUUAUUUAUGUACUGGUGAUAUGGCUGGAAAUAUUCGUAUUUGGUUAAGACCGUUGAUAGAAGAAAACUCGAAAGAAUGGAAAUUAUUAAGAACAGAAACUGUUAAUGAUUUAUUAUGGAUUAAAUGGUGGAUAUCACCUUCAAAUGCUGUACGAAAUAUGAAUAAUGAACUUCCAAAACCUGCUCUACUUUUAGCUGGUGAUGAACAUAGUUAUGUUAAUUAUUGGGCUGUAAGUUCUAGCAUAUCAAACAAUCAGGGGAAGUGUAUAUCAAUGGCGUAUACGUAUGAUCUUGAUCAAGCUGCAUUAGAUGGGAUUAUUCUACCAAGUUUUUCUAAUACUAAAAAUCCAAAAUUAGCAGUACUUCAUCGAAAUGGUGAUCUACGUGUAUGGGAUAUAAAAACACUGACAUUAAUUGGUUCUAUUAAAUUAUUCGAUAAAUAUUCUUCUUUAUCUAAUCAAUGCGGUCAACAUUUAGAAGUAUAUCAAAUGAUUUCAUUACAAUCAUUGAAAACUCAAUCUAAUACAAAUGAUAACUUGAAUCAUGAUUUAUUAUUAAUUACUGGAAAUGGAUUUAUAUGUCCUAUCUCUAUUAAAUUUGAUGGGGAAUUACAUUUUAAGGUUUUAGAUAUCAUUAAAACAGGUGAUGAUGGAUCCGUUGAAGCAUUAAACUGUUCUUGGACACAUCCAUUAUUUGCUUUUGGCUCUAUCACUGGUGUACUUGGAAUUUGUGAUGCUCAUACUAUUCGUGUUCGUCAAAAAUGGACGUACAUAGAUGAAGAUGACGCGCAACCUAUCGGUAUUACAUCAUUAUGUUGGAGUCGAUAUAAACCUAUAUUUUUCACAGCUACCACUAAAGGUUCCAUAGUUGCAUGGUGUGGUAUUACUGGAUUAACAGGAAAAUCUUCAUCUGGUUUAUUAACAGAAAAAACUCCUUUAAAAAUAUGGUGGGGUCAUAAAGCAAUGAUUCUUUAUUUAACUCUACCACCAUUUUGUAAAUCUAUAGACGAUAAUAAUAAUAAUAAUGAUAAAAUUGAACCAUUCUUGUGUACAGCAUCAGAUGAUACAACUAUUCGAUACUUUGCUAUUGAUAUUUCAUCAUAA